AUGAAAAAAUUUAUGAUAAAUUUAUUUUUGAUAAAUAUAUUUUUUUUAACAUACCAAUUAAAAUGUAAUAUAAUAAAUACAAAAUGUGGCAGUUGGAAUGAGUGGUCAGAAUGCGAAGGCGAGUUUAUGUCAAGAACUUAUAAUUAUGAUUAUUCUAUACGUGAUUUAAGAUCAUGUAAAAAUUGUGGAAAGUGGGGAAAUUGGUCCUCUUGUAAUGAUGGAAAAACAUAUAGAUAUUUAGAUAAUUGCUCAUUUUUUAAAGAAGAAAAAGACUGUACUUCUAAUAAAGAAGAUAAUAAAAAAAUAGAAAAUGGGAAUUUGCAAAGUACGGUAGUUGAUUUAAAUUAUGAUAAUAACAGAAAUGAAGAAACUUUGCUAAAAGACAAUAAUAAGCAACAUGAGAAAGAAAAUGAAGUAAUUAACUUUAAUAAAGAAACUAAUUUACAGAAAUCAGAGAAAAAUCAAAAUGAUAAUAUUUCUGAAACUCCAGAAAAUAAAAUUAAAGAAGAUCAAAAAAUUAAUAAUGACGAAGAAGAUUUAAAAAAUAUUCAUAAAUUAAAUAAUGGUUUUGAAUCUUCAUCUAAUUUAGUUAAUAAUCAAAAUGAUACACAAGAACAAAAGAAUGAAGAUCUAGUUAAUAAAGACGCCAAAUCACCAAUUAUUCAAAAAAACAAGGAAAACGAAAUUAAGGAACAUAAUCAAAUUUUUAAUAUAAAUUCCAUUUUAGGAAAAGAGAAUAAUGGUCAACUGAAUAAUACCAAUUUACGUCACAAUAAUAAUGAAAUGAGAAAAAGUUCUUAUCAAAAAAAAAAAGUAAGAAAAUUUGGGGACAAUCAAAAAAUAAAGAUAAACAAUCAUAAUGAAAAAAUAGAUGAAAAUAAAUCAAAAGAAGAUUCCAACAUUGCUAAUGUUUUGAAAACAUAUGAAGAUACCAAUAAUGAGGAAAACAAAAAUUCAUAUAAUUCUUAUGGUUUAUAUGAAGAUAAAUAUGAUACAAAGGAUAAUGAUUCUAAAGCAAAAUAUAAUGAUUCAAUAAAAUUUAAUCGAAUAUAUAUAGCAAGUGGUGUGGGUGCUGUUUUAAUUUUAACUGGAGGUGUUAUUAGUUAUAUUAUGUUUAAAGAAAACAAAACAGAUGAUGUUCUCAUUGAAAAUAAAGAUGAAAAUUAUGAAGUUCUUUUUAAUGAUGAUGUUUUAAAAAAUAAAAGUACAAAAGCAUUAUAUGAAGAAGAAUUUUGGGCACAUGAAUAA